AUGGAGAGCUUCCUGGCGCCGCUGGGCUGCGAGGCGCCGCGGGGCGAGGGCUGCCGGCCGGGCAGGGUCUCCCGGCGGCAGCGCAGGUUCAUGCCGGCCGAGAAGAAGGACACCAGGUACUGGGAGAAGCGGCGCAGGAACAACGAGGCGGCCAAGCGCUCGCGGGAGAAGAGGAGGCUCAACGACUGCGCCAUGGAGAGCCAGCUGGCUGCGCUCCGCCGGGAGAACGCCGUCCUGCGCACCGAGCUGCUGGCCCUCAAGCUGCGCUUCGGGCUCCUCGGCGCCGGCGGAGACCCCUACCAGGGGCAGGCCCUGUGGCACCUGCUGGGGGCUUACUUCGGGGGGCACGGAGCGGCCUCCCCGCUCCUGGAGGCGGAGCCCUUUGGGGGGGACUCCUGCUUGCUCGCCAGCGAGAGCUUUGCGCCGGAGGUGCUGGAGCCGGGAGGCUUUUCCUGCAAGACCUUUUGCCCUGCCAGAAACAUCCCGGGCUGUGCCUCCAAGCCGGCUCCCGUGGGUACGCCUGGCCUUCAGCAGCCCAAGGGGCUGGAGGCGUCCUUCAGCCCCCCGGUUUGCUCUCUGUUCCUCGAUGGCCGCUGCCCAGCCAGGUGUGCUCUCCGUCUGUCCUUGCCAGACGGUGCCUGCUUCUUGUGCCCUUCCCCUCGCCCAGCCGAGGUGAGCAGAGAAAGCCUCAGCGCUGUCUCGGAUGAAGAUGAUGAGCAACAAGUGCCUAAAGCUUCUCCUCUGCCCCCAGGCAGCCUGCCCUGCCCUCCAGAAGAGCCCUUGAAGGGCCGAAGCUCCGUUGCCCUACCUCACAAGCUGCGGAUUAAGACCAAAGCCCUCAGUGGCUUGGAGGAGAGCAGCCUGGACUCCCACUGA